AUGCCACAAGUCAGAACGGGGUCCUUGUUAACCGGUACGUAUGAUCCGAACUCUACGGCUUUGAUCAAUGAAAGACGUGACAUCAAGGAAAUCGACGUUCUUCGGCAGAUCAUCAACCAGGAAACUCUCAUCCGUUUAGCCGUGCUCAAGGAUGUAAAGACAGUAGUGGACGACAUUAGUUAUUUGAGGCGAAGCGUGGCGUCUACAGAAACGAUGUCCUCCUCUCUACAGCAGGCCCUAAAUACAUUGAAAAGGCAGGUUGAUUCUCUCAGGCAGGACAAGACCGGAGCGCAGAAAGCAGAAAUAUUACAAAGACAAGUUGAUACUCUUAGAAGAGAGAACAAAGUUUUAGCAGAGAGAAUAGAAAAUUUGGAAAGACAGAUUGAAAUAAAUAAGAGUAACGCUUUACAGCAAAGUGUAGAAACAUUGACAACACAGGUGAAUUCUUUAAGUCGGGAACAGAGAAGAGAAAACAAGAACAUUGCACUGAAUUGCGAGAACAAGAUUCAAGAAACUGAGCAGAAGUUUAAUAGAAACAUCGCCGAGCUGAUAAAUAACAUAACAUUGCAAACCGUGAAGAAAGGUUCAAAAAUAAAGGAUUGUAAGGACCAUUAUCUACAUGGACAGACACAGUCUGGUGUUUUUGAAAUACAUCCCUUUCAUAACGAGAUCCAGGUCAGCUUGUACUGUGAUAUGGAAACUGAAGGCGGAGGGUGGACAGCAAUCCAGAAACGGGUGAGUGGAUCCGAGAGUUUUUACAAAACGUGGGAGGAAUACAAAAAUGGGUUUGGAACCCCUAAUGACUCCUACUGGAUAGGAAAUGACGUCAUACACCAGCUUACCAAGGGAAGCAACUCAUCUCUCUACGUCUCUAUUACAUUAAGAAAUGGUACAACUUUAUAUGAACUAUAUCACCAGUUUUCCAUUUCUGAUGAAACGGACAACUACAAACUUUUUCUUGGAGGACCAGCUACCGGAACCUUAGGUGACAGUAUGUUAGACACUGGGGAUUCUGCCCGUGAUUUGUCUGCAAUGUCAUUCAGUACACCAAACAGAGAUAAUGACAGGUGGGAUGGUGGUAACUGUGCUGCUGUCAUUAUCAUGAGAGCAGCCUGGUGCUAUAACGCCUGUCACUACGCCUUCCUUAACGGUCGCUGGAACCCGGCCCACUGGUGGGGACCUUGGUAUCCUACAGUAAGGAGGGGGAAAACUGUGAGGGGGACGCUGAUGAUGAUAAAACGUCACUAGAUGCAGAUUAAUAAACAAAAGAAAUGGAUCUAUAAUGCAAAUUAGAAUACAAUUAUAAACCCCCACAGACAAAAAAUGGCUAAUUCAAUAGAAUUAUUAUAAGUCACUGAUAAGCACUGUUCCUGAAAUAGACAUUUUCAUUUAUAUUUAUGUUUGUGUUCUAUGAUUUCCAAGUUUUUAUAAAUGAUGCGUGUUGUCUCGAUAUGAAGAUUAUCUAAUCAAGUAAUACAUGUUGUAUAAAUGCAAUGGUUUGCACAUAGAGUAGGCCUUUCAACUAAUUUUUCAAGUUGAACAUACGGUAAAAAACAUUUGAUAGAUAGAUUUGUAGGUACGUGAAAUUAACCAAAAAAGAUUAUAUCCUAUACAUACCUUUAACUAAAUCAUAAAACAGUUAUUAAUAA